AGAAAAAAGGCGAUGGCCCGCCGGGCAUUUUCGGCAGCGGAGGCUUACUCUUUUCAGCCUCCGAAUCUGCCAGUGAGGACGAGGAAGAUCCUACUUUUUUGUGUUCUUCCUCGCCCUCCUCAUCAUCUAGCAGUGAUGAUGAGUCCCCUGUACGGCGGCGGAGACGCCGCCAGGCGAGGCCACGCACCCCCCAUGAAAGUGACCCAGUGGCCCACACUAGUACGGGUGGCAAUGCCGCUCGUAAUAGGAGUCCGGCACCCCAGACAAGUGCACCGAAGCCCCCUUCCGAUGACCCUGUCUGGAGCCCCCCAGAGGGUUACCAGCCACGGAUUCCUGAGUUUGUUGGCGACUCAGGAAUCCGGAUUGACAUGGCUGGCUUCACUGAUCUGGACUUUUUAAAGUUUUUUCUCAGUGUCAGCCUGGUCAAUCACAUGGUGGAGCAAACGAACUUGUAUGCCCAGCAGUUCAUUGCCCACCACCCCGAUUCCUUUUUGGCCAGGUCCAAUGAAUGGCGCGCCAUUGAGGCAGCGGAAAUGAGGACAUUUUGGGGCCUCACGCUGCAUAUGGGCCUGGACAAAAACAAAGUGCUCGUCAUUACUGGAGCGGGGACAUCCUCUUUCAGAUCCCGCUUUACGAUUACACUGAAGCGGUUCGAGGCCAUUCGGAAAUGCCUGCAUUAUGCAGAUAAUGCAGCAUGUCCGCCCCGAGGUGAUCCCGCCUAUGACCGGCUUUGCAAAAAAAUUUUGGAGGCCUACGUACCGCUCAGGGACCUCUCGGUAGAUGAGUCUCUCAUCAGUUUUAAGGGGAGACUCAUCUUCAGCCAGUAUAUUCCCUCAAAGCGGGUGCAGUAUUGCGUGAAGCUCUAUAAACUCUGCGAGAGUACCUCCGGGUACACUUGCAGGUUUAGAGUAUAUGAGGGACGAGAUUCCCGCAUUGAACCCCCAGAUUGUUCCCCCACUCUGGGUGUUAGCGGGAAAAUCGUUUGGGACCUUAUGCACCCAUUGCUGGAUAAGGGUUACCACGUGUACGUGGACAACUUUUAUACCAGCAUCCCUCUCUUCACAUCCCUUGCCGCCAUAUCGACAUCUGCUUGUGGGACCGUGCGGAAGAACCAGAGAGGCCUCCCUCUAAAUUUGCGGGGUGCGCAUGUGAGGCAACAGGUUAGGGACGGCCACACACAUCACAUUCCCAGAAUGAUGACUCAGAGCAUAGGGUUUGGGGCAGGCAUAUUUUUUUUUAGUUUUGGCUAUGCUCUGGGUCAUCAUUCUGGGAACAUAUCCUGUUUUAUUAUGUUUUAUAAUUUUCUGCCCCACUGUACCCCAUAUUACGGGCCUCUGUACCCCACCUGUCUACCCCAGUUACGGCCCGUUGUCCCCCAUAGUGUUCCCCUAUUUUAGGGCUCAGUGCUCCCCCCC